GUUCCCCUGCGCGGCGGCCGCCGGGAGCCGCAGUCCGCGCCCGGCCCUCGCCUCUGCCCGGCUCCAGGCGGGGCUCCAGCCGCGGACUGCGCUUCCCACUGCUCCCCGCGGUGCUGCCGGGCCGGCGGGGCCGCGAUGGGCUGGGGGCUCCGGCUGUGGGCGCUGGGCGGCCUGGCCGCCUGGACGCAGCGGCGGCGGGCGGCGGCGGCCGCGUGGGCCGGCGGCGAGGGCGAGGGCGGGCGGCAGCGGGAUCUGGAGCUGAGGCUGGUGCAGGUCGUGUUCCGGCACGGGGCGCGCACCCCGCUGCGGCCCAUCCCGGGGGCAGCGCCGGUGGAAUGGCACCCCACUCUUUUAGAUGUACCUCCUAAGACGAAGUUUGAUUAUGUGGUGACAGACCUAAAUGGAGGACCUCAGCCCUCCUCACCCUUGGAUGAGGAAUACAAAAAGACGACUUUUAAGGGUGGUGUAGUCGCUGGACAGCUGACAACAGUGGGGAUGCAGCAGGCAUUUGCCUUGGGGGAAAGGCUGAGGAGAAACUACAUGGAAGAAGUCAAGUUUCUUUCACCGAUGUUUAAGCCUGCUGAGGUCUUCGUCCGUUCCACUAAUAUUUUACGGAAUCUGGAGACCACACGGUGCCUGCUAGCUGGGCUGUACCAACAGCAGAAAGAAGGACCUGUUGUCAUUGUCACUGAUGAAGCAAGCUCUGAAAUGCUCUACCCCAAUUACCACAACUGCCCACGCCUGAAAUACUUGAUCAGGGAGAGAUUAGAGAAUGUUAUGCAUCAGCCAUCUAUCUCUGAUGACUUGAAAAAAAUUAAGAAGCGGAUGGGUAUUGAUGGUGAUGAGUCUGUGGAUUUUUUUGUCCUCCUUGAUAACAUUUUUGCUGAGCAGGUGCACAAUAUGCCAAGCUGCCCCGUGCUGAAGAGCUUCCAGCAGACAGUGGAGCGCCGAUCUGUUGACUCCAUGCUUUUCCUUCUGCAAGACAGUUCCAGAGAGAUUCUUCAGAUGAAUAUUGGCCUCCUGUUCAAUACCUUACAGGAGAACAUUAAAGCAGCAGUAAAUCCCUCAAAUCCAGCUGAAAAGGCCAGAAAGCUCUUCCUCUACGCUACUCAUGAUUCCACUCUUAUUCCCCUCCUGCUGGCACUGGGCACCUUUAAUCACAAGUGGCCACCUUAUGCUGCAGAUGUGACCCUGGAACUGUAUCAGCACCGGCGCUCCAGGGAGUGGUUUGUGCGCAUGUCUUACCGUGGAGAGGAGCAAGUGGUGAAAGGCUGUAAAGCAGGUCUCUGUCCACUCGAAGAAUUUCUGGAAGUUCUUUCACAGUACUCAGUCACGCCAGAGGAGUACAAUAAUCUGUGCUCCAAAACGGACAGGAAUCAGAAAACUAACCUAUGAUUAAGCUGUCUUAAAUUAAAAUAAGUUUAUUGUCA